AUGUCUUCCUCGAAAUCUCGUGCUCAGUCUUCCUCUGUUCUAGUUCCUUCAGAUUAUAUUACUGGGACUGGAAUUGACAACCACGUGAUAGAGGUUAGGAGCAAGCUCCAUCCUUUUGCCCAGAAAAACCUAUAUGAGAAUGUCUUUCAUUUCUUCGAGAAUACCUUGGUGCUGGGGCCUCACUGGUUUGGUCCUGUUCCUCCUGAGAUGGCACAACUGAUGAAGAAGGAUGUUGAGGCUCCUUUAUGUUUUGAGAGCACUUCUGCUCUGGCUUCUCAUUCUUGGGUUAGCAAGAAUUUGAGCUGGUCUUUCCCAUCUAGCGAAGUAGACUGGAUUGACAGACUCCUUCCAAGAUAUGGACCUCACUGGAAGCGGGCUGGUAUUUAUGACGUCAUACUUUUGUCCAAGAAAUCUGUCAAUAGAGAUGAGAACCUGCUUGCUGCUGCCUUGUGUUUCUGGAAUUCUGCCAGUAACACUUUCGACUUUCGCAUAGGCCCCAUGGCUCCAACUCUGCUGGACAUGGCUCAGAUUUUCGGGUUUAGGCCCCAUGGAAGACCUGUUGAUGCUGUUGGUGAUUAUCACAGGAAAUUCAGUACUGAGAAGGACAAGGACCAACAGCACAUGCUGUUCCUUAUGUAUUGGCUGAACAGGUUUAUUCUGCCCAACCGCUCUUUUGCAGUUCUGCUUGAGUACAGACAUCUGGCAGAAGCUUUGCACAAUCACACUGAUAUUGGACUUGGGCCUACAGUUCUGGCUUAUUUAUUCAAGAACCUGCAUACUGCCACCUUGGAGAAUCCGCUGAAUAUGUCCGCUCCUGGUGCAUUUUGGAUGAUCCAGAUCUGGUUGGAGGUCUAUUUCCUAGAACUGAGGUUCCCAGAUAUAGUUCUGCAUGAGGAUCAGGUUCUGGCUCAGCCAUUGAUGUCGGCAGAAGUGCCCAGGCGUUCUAUUCAAGAGUACCUGAUGUUCUUCAGGCACUGCACGAAAAGAUCAGCAGCUCAGUGGCAAGUGGUGAUCAGGAGAACCUAUCCUUGGUUCCAGCCUAGAUACUGUUUGUUUGAGAAAGAGCCGGAAGAAGAAGCAGCCAGAAUUGAUUUCAGGAAGAAGUUCCUGAGUGUGACCCUCCCAAGAGACCUGCCCCAUGGAGUGCUUUUUGAUGGCUGGGCCGUUCGUACAGGAGAGGAGACUCACAAGUUUAUGGUGCAGACCAUAAAGGACAUCAAUGCCCAAGUUCUGGAAGAUCCGUCUUUGACACAGAAUGUUGGUGGUCAGUUUGCCCAGGCUGGAGAAGUGUUUGUUACUUUUGUCAUAACUGCUGGGGACCUGGAGCUUCCUUCUGGAGAGGAAGAAGAAGAAGAAGAUCAAGCAGAACAGACUCCCGUUGAGGCCACUCCUUCUGUCAGAAGGAAAAGAAAGGAAACUGCUCAACCUGCGACUUCAGGCCAAGGAAUCGAGGGGGCAAUGUUUGGAUGUGGUCUUAAUUCCAAACCAAGUCAAGGUGGUCUCAAUUCCAAGCCAAGUCAAGGAGACCCAAUCUCAAACCAAGUCAAGUGGAAACCCAACUUCCAAGGGCCUAGCCAAAUAAAGAUAUUGUUAAUUAUAAUAGCAAUAACUAAAUAA